UUCAACCCGAAUAUUGUGUCCAUUGACAUCUUCUCCAGUUUCAUAGACAAAUCCGCGUAGUCAACCAGCCUUUCGUCAAUAACUAUCGUCUCAAAUCACCUCUUCAAAUUCAAUCUUCUCUCUCUCGAUCAACCAACCAACAAUGGCAGAAGAACUCCAAUCAACCCAAUCACCACCCACUGCAGAAGUCCAUAUAGUCUAUACCGACCAACCUCAAGGUCAAGAACCAGAAGCCCACCACCUUCGCACCCUCACUUCAGUCCUCGGCAGUGAGGAGGCUGCAAAAGGGGCUUUGUUGUAUACUUACAAGCAUGCUGCUAGUGGGUUUUCUGCCAAGCUUACUCCUGAACAAGUUGAACAAAUUUCCAAACAACCAGGUGUUCUUCAGGUGGUGAAGAGCAGGACUGCUGAGCUACAUUCAGGACCUGCACAGACUCACACCAUGUGAAAUCAUGACCACCGUUAUGCUUGUAUUAGGUUUGGUUGUAUAAUAAAUUACUCUUAAUGAGGAUGCUUGUAAUAAUACUUUUUGAUCAUAUGUUAAAUAACAAAACAAACGUUUACUACUAAAAACAGAUCUUGAAUUGGACAAAGAACCAAAAAUAGCUUGUUGCCC